AUGAGCUCCAACGGGCAGCAGCAUCCAGCCUUAAUGGCUGAACAAGCUGCUCAAGACCGCCUCGAUAAUUGUUUGGUCGAAGUGCGCUCCGCGGGCCACAUGGGCCGUGGCAUCUUUGCUGCAAAAGACAUCCCCGCCGGUACACGAAUCCUCUCCGAGAUGCCACUCAUCAUGGUACCAGGAAAUCCAUGGCGAGGGACAUUGGCUGGGAACAUCGCCGCCUUCUGCGAGGUAGCUCGGCAAACUGCUCCUAAUGUCUUCGCGAUUCUGGACACCCUUUCGAGCGACGAGAGCGUCGAGCUCGACGCGCAAACGACCGAGAUCGUCCAGAACUGGUUCAAAGAAAACUAUCCCAAGGCCUCUGAGUUUGUAUUGGACUACUACGUUCCCAAGUACUCGAGGCUCUUUUCCGUUUACCAAAGGUACGCAGUUAGGCUGCGCCAGGAAGAUGCAGGUGGCGUCUUCGACCAAUACAGUCUCAUCAAUCAUUCCUGCUCGCCGAACGCUCACGCGUUCUACGACCACACGAAGGAACGUCAUCAGGUCCACUUGACCAGGGCCGUCAAGGCCGAUGAUCAGAUCUUUGUCUCGUACAAUCGUUUCCAGGCACUCCCUCGAGCAGAGCGGCAAGCUGAACACCGCUUGAAAGGGCACCAUUUCGUCUGCGACUGCACCCUGUGCACAAGUGAGGAAGCCGAGGUCAUCAUGCAGAGGGUCUUUGUCUCGUACAUUAGCCUCUCUAACUUCCUUGUCAAGGAAGGCGUGCUACCCGGCGACAUCAACUCGUUCUUCCCCACACCCAACGCCAACACGGAUGCUCUUGCCAUUGCAGAAGAGCUCGUGGGUCUCUUCCAGCACCCUUCUGUUGGUUUGGAUGGUGCUGACCUCAAGGUGACGCUCCACGUCUGCUCCCUGGUCAACCGGAGGCUUGGAAACGUCAAAGCCGCCGCCACGUAUGCGAGGCAGGAACUGGCUCUGCAGGUUCGCAUUUGGGGAUUUGAAGCUGAGAACUUCCUCUUCGAAAACGAUGCAGCGCCAUGGCUGCACAAGAUUGAGAAAGAGCUCUUUCAAAUGAAGGCCGAUGGCCUCUAG